AUGACAGAUUAUUCAGCUUUCUUCAUUUUGCAUUUCCUUCUAUGCCAUCUUCACCCAUCCCUUUCAACUUCACAUUGCGACUAUGUGAAGAAUAAUACAGUAGAAUGGGGUAAAAUCAAUACAUCAAUAACUCAUCUAUACCUGAAUAACUGUGAUGUGAAAAACGUACUGUACUGUGAGAGUAAUCUGCCAAAACUGACAUUACUCAACCUAUCUUCUAAUCAAAUAGAGAGUUUACCUGAGAGGUUCCUCCUCAAUACCUCCCAAAAAGUAACUCUCUACUUGGAAGACAAUAAACUGAAAAAUCUACCACGUUCAAUUCUGGAAAACAAGAAACUGACAAUAUGUAGCCUGGACUGCAUCUAUGAUGUUAAGAGGAACAAUAUUAAUAUUUCUACCUGUGAAGACAUUUUUAGAAAAUGUGGAAAUGGGUCAGGACACGUGCUUCUCAUUGUAUUUCUCUUGCUUGCAAUUCUAGUCCUCAGUGCCCUGGGUUUAGUCUUGUUUUGGAAACGCCGCCGUUAUACAAGUAAUUUUGCCCUGCCAAGGUUUUUGCACAAGAAAAAGGAUCAGAAUGAGUCUGAUUCACCUCAUGUGCCAUGUACCCUCGCUGAAUAUGUUGGUACAAAGAGCUUUUCACCAUGCCAAAUAAAAGAUGAGCCAUCUCCUCUGUCCAGAGGUGACAUGGACCACAAUUAUGAAAAUAUGGCAAUAGGCUCAAAGAGCUGUGCGGAAGAAUGUUUGACAGAUCUUUAUGAAAAUACAGCCCAAUUCAAUUCUGAGGAGCAUUUAUAUGGAAAUGAAGCUUCACCUGAAUAUUAUAAUUUCCAGAAACCUCAUUUUCCCCAAACUUCUUCAGAUGAAGAUAUAUAUAUUCUUCCAGAUUAA